AUGGCAAGUGAGGAAGAGAGUACUCUUGUCUUAGUGCAUUGCUCUGGGAAAAUCCAAAGAAGCAAAAAAUAUGGUGUAAAGUUCACUGACAGAGAACCACUGAGUGUUUUCAUCAGUUCAUCAAGCACUUUGUCAGAUUUGAAGAACAGCAUCUUACAGAAGCUUGGGGUAUUUGGUAGCAAGUGGGUGAAGAAGCUAUUCUACAAUAUUCCCAUCGCAGUUGUCUCGACCGGUGUUAAGUAUGAUAUCUUUGUGCUAGCGGCUGAUGAAGAUACUAGGGUUCUGUUUUAUUGUGUUAGGAGUUUUCCGGAUGUCAGAAUACACGAGUUGUUCGCGAAGUUGGAGGUUGGUGUUGAUAGUUCUGGGGCAUCAGCUCCAGUUCAUAGCUCGUCUGCCGCAGGAGGUGCGUCUAGUUCAAUGCAUGUGGUAAGACCAUCUGUUCUGCUGGUCGGAUCCCCCUCAUUUGAGGCUGAUUUAGAUCGAACAGAGGUUGUUGGUUCUGUACCUUUGGAGAAUUCAGGGGUCUAUGGGCAGGCAUAUGUGGUGGGCACCGGUGGUGGCUUGAUCCAUGAUGCACAAAGCUUUCGAGAACCUGAUCAAGUAGAGAAUGCAAUGUCUGACGAUGACUCUUACCAGGAGCCUGUAGAUAUCAUUAGGGACAGCGAUGAUGACACAGGUGCAAAUCCACAUACAGAGCAUGGGCAUUCAAGUUCUGGCACUCAGCAGUACCCUCCACACUUCUCCACUCUUAACUUGGAAGCUCUGGGUCAACAUGCAGACAGUGGUCCUACAGUUGAGGGCUCUUCUAUAGAAUUUCAGAUUGGGCAAUCAUUCCAGAAUAAAGAUGAGGAUGUUUUGAGUGUGAAGGACUACAGCAUUCAUCGAGGUGUUCAGUACAGAGUCAUCGAAUUAGACCAUCUGAAGUAUCAUGGAAUGAAUCUCAGGCAUUUGUGGCCUAUAAUGAGUCGCAUCGUCAUCCCUGAGCAUGUCUGCUAUAUCCCUAUAGAACUCUGA